CGAAAGCAUAUGAGGCAUUGUUUUUGCGUAGAAUCAUCGAUCGAAGAUUGGUCAAAGCUGCGGACUUUAGCCGGUCUAUGAGAUCUCUUAAAAGCCAGUAUUUCCAAACGAAGACUAGCCUUCAGGAAAUUGGACCGACGGUGUAACACUUAAAGGAUUUUGGGUCGUCACGACUGUGAGACCACCAUGUCCAUAGAACACAGAAGCGGUGUAUAAUCGAGUGAGAAUAUGCGGUAGUCUGUACGCCCAACUACAUCACUUGCUAAUUGCUGGAAGCGAGGACAAUAGAACUAAUCAUGGCAGCAGCGAGCGAAGCACCAGCCGAAGAAAGACUAAAACAAUUAGAGAAUGUAUUCUCUUACGGUGGAAAAGAGAAAGGGUCUUUUAGCACUGAGACCUUACUAGACAUUUUACUGUUGUUGUACGACGAGUGUUGUAAUUCUACCCUUCGUAGAGACAAAAAUAUCAGUGAAUUUAUUGAGAAUGUGAAGCCGAUAGCGACGAAGAUUAAAACUCUUCGUUUGCGCCGAGAAGAUUUCGAUCCCCUUACCUUGAUUGGUAAAGGAGCAUUUGGAGAAGUGACUGUGGUUCGCAUGAAAUCCAAUGACAGAAUAUACGCUAUGAAGACUUUAAACAAAUGGGAAAUGUUGAAAAGAGCCGAGACUGCAUGCUUUAAAGAGGAAAGAGAUGUCCUUGUGUAUGGAGACAAGAAAUGGAUAACUACUCUGCAUUACGCGUUUCAAGAUGCUGAUUAUUUGUAUUUUGUCAUGGACUACUACAGUGGAGGUGAUCUUCUAACUCUCCUCAGUAAAUAUGAAGAUCAUUUGCCAGAAGAAAUGGCCAAGUUUUACCUGGCUGAAGUGGUGUUGGCUGUGAAUUCAAUACACAAAAUGGACUAUGUGCACAGGGAUCUCAAGCCUGAUAAUCUUCUUCUUGAUGUUAGUGGACAUAUCAGAUUGGCUGACUUUGGUUCCUGUUCAAAGCUUGGAAAGAAGGGCACUGUGAGAUCAGCUGUUGCUGUGGGUACCCCUGACUAUAUCUCUCCCGAAAUCCUACAGGCCAUGGAAGAUGGGAGAGGAGAGUAUGGAGUUGAGUGUGACUGGUGGUCCUUGGGUGUGUGUAUGUAUGAAAUGCUUUUUGGUGAAACUCCAUUUUACGCAGAAUCUUUGGUGGAAACCUACAGCAAAAUUAUGAGCCACACUGGCAAAUUCAAUUUUCCUUCUGAUGUGGAAGUGUCAAAUAAUGCCAGAGAUUUAAUGCAGAGACUGUGCUGUAAAAUGGAACAAAGAUUAGGUCAAAAUGGAAUUGAUGAUUUUCGAAAUCACCCUUUCUUUGAGGGAAUUGACUGGGACAACAUUGGCGACACUGUACCGCCUUACAUCCCUGAUGUUAGCAGUCCAUCAGAUACUUCAAACUUUGAUGUAGACAUUGAUGAAUCAAGAGCAAAUGAUGCUAUGAGGCCAUCAUCUGUUUCCCCUUUUACUGGACAUCAUUUGCCGUUCAUUGGAUUUUCAUUUACAGAGAAUAGUCGACUCUCUGAUAAAGCUCAUUCUGUGAUAAAGGAAGCUGGGCAUGUCACUCUGGAACCAGUCACGAAUAAUGUUCCUAGCUCACUAUCUGUCGAAGCUUAUGAAAGAAGAAUACAGAGGCUUGAGAGGGAGAAAUCGGAACUGGCCAGAAAGCUUCAAGAAUCCACUAAAGCAUUGCAAGAUCAAGCACUGUCUGGUGAUGGUUCCAAAAGUGACCAAAUAGACACCAUGGAAAUGAAGAGACUUAAAGACGAAAUGACAUCAAUGAAGAAGAAAGCCAUGGAGUAUGAGGCCCAAUCUUCUGAGUUAGAAAAAGAAUUGCAAGAUGUGUUGACAUCUCGGAAAGACUUGGAGUCAACUAAUGAAGAAAUGAGUGCCAAGAUGCGGUCCUUGGAUAGAGAAAACAGAGGCUUAAAAAUGGAGAAGGAAGACAUUGAAAGAGUCCUUCAGGAGGCCAAUGAAAAAAUAGCCUCACAGCAGAAGGAAUUGAAAGAAGCACACAACCAAAGAAAACUUGCCAUGGCAGAGUUUAGUGAAUUGAAUGACAAGCUGGCAGACAUAAGAUCACAGAAGACUAAGGUGUCGAGAAUGCUGCGUGAAAAAGAGGAAGAACUGGAGUCCACCUUACAAAAGCUUGAUGGUCUCAGGCAGGAAGUUCGCAAUGCUGAUAGAAAAAAGAGAGAACUUGCUGCGCAAGUGGAGGAAAUGUCCUCAGAAGCUAACAAGGAAAGGAAACUAAGAGCAAGGAGUGAUCAGAAUGCCAAGCAACUUGAGGAGGAAAUAGAAUACCUUAAGGCCAAACAGAGAAGUCUAGGAAGACCAUUUGCCACAGACACAACAGCUGAGGAGCAGCAGCAAGAAAUCACAAGACUCAAAGCAGAGAUAGAGAAGAUUAAACUUGAAUAUGAGGAAUCAACAUCCCAUGAACAACAGAAAUAUACUAGUGAAAUUAAGGAGUUAAAUGAGAAACUUCUUGAAGCAGAUUCAGCAAGAGAAAGCUUGAAAAAUGAGAUCUCUGCACUGACUGCCAAAGUAAAUGAAGCACGCAUGGACAGUGUCAAAGAACAUCAAGAAGCCAUGGAAGAAUUGAGGAGAAAGAGUGAGAGAACCAUGGGCAUCCUAGAAGAGGAGAACAAGAAAUUACAAACUGACGUUGAAAAGAUGACAGAAACUUUGAAACGUACUACCUCUGCUCAUCGUAAACUUGAGGAAGAAAUGAGGGACAGCAACGAGAAGAAAGACGCUGUGGCUCAUUGGGAAGCUCAGAUAGCUGAGAUUAUUCAGUGGGUAAGUGACGAGAAGGAGGCGAGAGGUUAUCUUCAGGCCUUAGCUAGCAAAAUGACAGAAGAACUGGAUGGCCUGAAAUCUUCAGGGUAUGCUACAAUACCAAGGGGUGAAAAGAACCAGUGGCAAAUGAGAAGGUCACAGAAAGUCGACAAACAAGAGAUAUUGACCCUGCAGUCGAACCUUCAAGCUGAGAUUCAGGCGAAGCAGCAAUUGAUGGAGGAACUGAACAAAAUGAAAGCUGCUAAUGUAGCAAAUGAGAGGAAAUUGGGUGAAUCUGAAGCACAGUGCAAUACUCUUCGUGAUGAAGUCAAGCAACUCAAAGCAGAAAUCGAACAACUGAAAGUUGGUGGCAAAUCUGGAAAUGGAUUCCCUUUCUUGUACAUGAGAGAAACUUCGCGAGACUCAAGACUGGAAGGAUUGUCAGAGGAGAUAGAUGGCCAACUGAGCGAGAAUCAGAGGUCUCGUUCGAGUAGCACUCCCUCGACUGCUCCUCCUGAUUCCAUUUCAAUAAGAUCAUCCAUAUCAUCUGUGUCAUCCAUCGCACCACCUCAGCCUCGAGUGCACAAGUUCUCUGUAAGAACCUUCACUACACCUACCAAGUGCAGCCAGUGUACAUCAUUAAUGAUCGGUUUGGUCAGGCAAGGUUCCAUAUGUGAAGUGUGUCAAUACGCUUGCCAUGUGUCCUGCACUGAUCAAGCUCCUCCUGUUUGUCCAAUUCCUCCGAGUCAAAUGAAUAGAAGGCCGCUAGGAAUUGACCCUGAAAAAGGAAUUGGAACUGCUUAUGAAGGAAUUGUGAAGAUUCCUAAGCCAGGCGGAAUCAAAAAAGGUUGGUUUCGACAAUUCGCUGUCAUCUGUGACUUCAAAUUGUUCCUUUUUGAUGUAACUGGUGACAAACCCCCGCAGAUUUCUCAAUCAGCGACACAAGUUAUUGACAUGAGAGAUGAAGAGUUCUCAGUCAGCGGGGUGCUCGCUUCAGAUGUUAUUCACGCAAGUAAAAAAGACAUAAUGUGUAUUUUUAGGAUCACGGCUUCUCAGAUGAACCCUCCAGGAGAAUCUCUAACACAGCUGAUAUUAACAGAAAGUGAAAAUGACAGGGUCAAAUGGGUGAAUGCUCUGCAACAGUUACACAAAGCCCUCAAAGAAAAUAAGGAGACCUCCAAGACGCAAGUUUACCAGGCCAAAGAAGUCACCGAGUCCAAUCCACAAAUCAAACAAGCACUCUGUGCAACAAUAAUAGACACUGACCGAGUGUGUUUGGGUACAGAAGAUGGUCUCUUCUGCAUUGAAUUGAUGAAAGAAAGUUCGUCCCGCAUUGGUGACAAUAAGAAGGUGUCUCAGAUAGAGAUGUUACCAGAUGAGCAACUUCUCGUUUUAAUAUCAGGAAGGAAUCGUCAAAUACGACUCUAUCCAUUGUCUGCAGUAGAUGGACAUGACACAGAACCAAUUAAAAUUCCAGAGGCGAAAAAUUGUCUAAUGUUUGCCACGGGAAGUAUUCAUGAUAACACAGCGACUUGCCUCUGCGCGGCAGUCAAGAGGCAUAUUUAUGUCUACGAACUGAAUCGGACAAAGUACAGACAUCUGAAGAUCAAGGAAACACCGGUGAACUUUAACAUCCAAUGGUUAGGAGUGUCAUUUGGAAAGUUACUUGUUGGAUACGUCUCCGGGUUUGCUGUUUAUAGUAUUACAGGAGAGGGAAGACCUCAGAAACUUGUUAACUCAGAUGACCCGACAUUAAAUUUCAUCACCAAUAACCCACUGGAUGCCUUGCUUGCUGUGGAGAUCGAAACAAACAAAGAAUUUCUGUUGUGUUUUAAUUUACUAGGAAUCUUCGUUGAGGCCAGUGGUUAUAGAUCAAGACGUUAUGAGCUGAUGUGGCCAUCACCGCCCACAAAUGUCGCGUAUUCGUAUCCGUACGUGAUCUCCUUCAGUGAGAGAGCGAUAGAUAUCUUUGACUCAAGUAGUGCAGAAUGGCUUCAGACCAUCCCCCUCAAAAAGUGUCAUGCUUUGAUCAAUGAUGGCUCACUGGCUCUGUGCACCGCUUCAGAACAAUGCAAUUUAGUUUACCUCAAGAACACUCUGUUUGAAGAAGAGGAACUGAUCAUUCCAGACCCCAAUAAAGGAAAGAAAGCCCUUGCGGCUAUUUUAAGACUGAAAAGCAGCAAGAGAAGUAGUUCAUAUCGAUUUGGAUUUAAAGUCAAAGAGGGUGGCUUAGCAGAUAUGGAUGCAGAUAUCAAAUCAAAGCUCAUCUCAGGACCAACCAACUUCAACCAUAUCUCACACAUGGGUCCUGGAGAUGGAUUUCAAAUCAUUAAAGAGUUACCAAGGGGCCAACGCGGGACUGACGAGGAAGCUCCUCAAGUGGCUCCGCGUAACACUUCAAUAGGUCCCAGGUCCAAGCGCGCUGUCACUGCAAAUCCCAGUCUCAUGACGCGGCCCAACGUAGCAGCGAAGGGUCUGAAACCGGCUGGACCUGCGCAAGGAAUGGUAAACGGCAGAGCGGCAUCCAUGAAUGUUGUAAACAGUUCUGCGGAAGCCUCUCCGCCAGUCCCUAGACCGCGAUCAUCGUCCACUCGGUCAGCGGAAGAUGUUUCAAAUGAUGGCCGUGUAGCAAAUGGUUCAAACCGGCUCUCUGCCGAUCUCGACAAUUACGCACAGUACUUCAAUACCUUGAGACCAAAAAGUGUUGCAGAUGAGCAGAGGCAUCUGGCUUUAGCUUUGGAGUUGAGUAAAAGGCAUGCGGAACUGAGUCAUGACGGUGACAGCACAAAUUCACGGGAUUUAUUAAAUCUUCCCGAGGACGAAUCACCUAGACAUUCCACAGGGUCUGGUUCAAGUUCCGGUCUGAGUGUGUCGCCUUUAGGAAGUCAAGAGGAAGGUGUAACUUCCCCUGAUUGUGUUCAAUUGAAUUUUUCAGAUACUACAAGAUUCUGAUGGAAGUGAUAAACAAUUCAGUUUUUGAUCUUUUCAAGAUUGUCAAGUCAGGUGUUGAUCCUGUGCACGUUGGCUUGGAAAAUUUUAUAUCAUCAGAAAUAAGUUUAAUUGUUAAAUAACUUUGUGUCACACACGUGUGUUUAACUGCUUGGUCUGGAACCAAAGCAGCACAUGUUAUUAACGUGAUUAUCACAUUUAUUGAUCAACCGGCAGGGCUGGUUUAGAAAACUUGAUUGCAAGCUAAUCUUUAUAUGGAAACGUAGUCUCCUUUGCAACCGUCGUUUGUUCCCGUCUUGCAGCACGCUUUCUACCACGGCCUUGCUGCUCGUGACGCUUGUAAGGAGCUUUUCCAGUGUGUUGCGUGACAAGACUAAACGUUGGCUGUGAAGGUGAACAAUGUAGAUGCUAUCAAAUCUCUGAAAGUGCUGGCAAUUUAUUAGCUUACGAAUUUGAAAUGCUUUUUACAAGGCAGGAAGCAGAGGUGCUGAAUAUUGUCGACAGUUAUAUGUAAUGUGAUGUACAUCUUUUACGAUAUAUUUUUCCUUUUUUCGGUGAUCAAUCACUAAUUUUGAUGUUAUGUCAGUGAUAAAGAAAUUGAUUUUUUUGGGUAGGCAAAAGUCAAUUUGACUUGUAACAAUUUUGUAGGAAAGUCAAGUUAUCUUACAGAAAAUUAUUAUUGACCACAAAGAACAAUUUAGGAAAUGAAACAUUGUAAGGCUGAGUUUUAGUAAUUUGGUAGUUUUUAGUUUCAUGUGGCUUGUCAGCCAACACUUGUAUAUGAUAAUUUGUGGAAGUGAACAUGGUUACAAUCUGAUAUAUUAUAUUAAGGGGGAGUGACAUGAAGACGAAGUUGCAUUUUAUUGAGAAUGAAACCAAUGUGGAAUUGCUUGAGAUGUUUUCACAAAGAAAUAGGAGCGUUUGUACGAUUGCUGUUAAACAACAGAGUUUAAAUUUCUGUAUUUUUUUUUGUACAUCCAAUCUCCUCGAGGCUGUUUUUUAAUUCUUGAACGGGGCUGCAAUAGGUGCGGCCUUAGUUUGGUUCAAAAUGACUUACAGUGUAACUACAGUUAACGGGAUCAUUUAAACAAAAAAUAAGCAGCGAGCUUCGCCUAAAUUCUUUGUUCUCUUUGCUUGCUUCAUUCGUUAGCACUGAUAGCCAAUGAUGAAUUUCCUUUAGUACACAAAUUUUCAAGUCAGUGUCGAAAGUAACCGAGAUUGCUUUGGUUUUGCCUUCUAUCUGUGAUUGGUCCAGAAACCUCGCGCCACUCUAUCAACCAAUCAUUUGUAAAAUUGAAACCAAUCACGACUUGGUCGCCCGCGUUUUCCCGCGCUUUAGGGAGUUUGGUUGUUUUCACUUUGAGUUCUCAUUGGCUCUUCAAGGUAUUCUCAUUUUUUCUGAUUAUUUUGGUUGUGGUUUUACGCCACACAGUCGAAAAACGCUCUUUACGAUUAUUCAAGUUUUUCUAAAUGAUCCCGGUGACAGUGGUGGCUCUGCAAGUUGGGUUUUUUUUACGUUUGUACCAAUUGUGAAUACGAACUGCUUUUUGUAAGUUUUCUAUCUAUUGUUAUUAUUCAAAUUUAAGAUUUUACCUGUUAUGUAUACAUAUUUUUAGAAUCAUAAGUUUUGGCAGCAUUUAAUAAAAGAUCUGGCUUUGCUAGGGUUGAAAA